UACACAGCUCCUUGUGCCUGUCCCUGUGCCUGUCCUGCAAGGAGCCAGGAGCAGGGAACCAGCAUGGGUCUGGAGGCUGGUGUGCUGAGAGUCUUCUUCUUGUUGGAGGAAACAGUCCCCUGCAUUGGCUGCACUUCCUGUCCUGUGCUGUUAACUCUCCAUGAAGAUGUCGGAGGAGCUCAGGUGCUGGCAACGGGCAAGACUCCUGGGCCUGAAAUUGAUUUCAAAUACGCCCUCAUCGGGACGGCCUUGGGUGUUGUGAUAGUGGCGUGCUUUCUGGCCCUGAAGAUCUGCAUGAUCAAGAAGCACUUGUUUGAUAAUGAGUCCUCUGACCAGAAAAGCAUAAACCAGGGCCUCAAAGAUUUCACGACACUAAAAGAACCCCAUGACAAGAAGAGAGCCUCAAGGUUAAAUCUCAAUCACUCGGAGAGCUCUCUUCCUUUCCAGAGAGGCACAAGUGAUCGAGCUCUAAGUGAGCGGCUUCUUCAGGACCGUCUCUGCAGUCUGGACAAGUGCUCAUGGUUACAGUCUUGGGGAUAUCUUGAAUUUGAGCCUCCAAGCUGGUGAUGGAUCUUCACGCGGAACUCAAUAUUCAGGGUGAAGAAUAGAAGGAAGAGAAUCUACAGUGCCUCUGUCAAAUAGCUCAUGGAAAUGGGGACAGAACUCAAGACAGAGCCUCCUUAGCAUUCACUGUCUUAUCAACAAGUAUACAGCAUUUUCUAGAACUGUUGGUUUUACCUUCUUAGCUGUCAAAAGAAUUACACUUUAAAGACAGACGCUGUGAACAUUCAGGGGUCCUGAAACAUGAGAACAUGGGGCAGACUCCUAGAAAUGUAAGACUGAUCUUCCGAAAGAAGACGUGGUGGCUGGGCUAGAGAGAGAGGUCUUGCUGAUCAUAGAGUGAACGUGCAGAUCUUCAAAUGAUGGAGCCAACAAAGGAUUAAAUAAGAAAGCAGAUGCCAUGUCUUGUAGAGAGCUAUAAAAAUGUAAGUGAUUACUGUUAUGCUUAGAGAAUUAUUUUGUGUUUAUUGCAAUGUGAAAUACUUGUGUAUGGAGGACACUACUGGCAGAGGCUUAGGAAACCCACAUCUUUAUAUUGUUGCCACCAACCCGUAUCAAUGGCACAGGUCCCAUUGACAUUUCUCUCCCCUGUAAUAUUAACCCUGUUAUUUCUGGGGCUGCAUUACAAAAUACUCGUUGCUUUUCCUUUUGACAUAAAUCUGGGUGGUUGUGUGGCCUAGUUCUUCUGGGAUUGGGUUACUCUCCUUGUGUGUGAUGAAAGAUGAGCUACAUUUCAAAAGAAAGUGCUGUGUUAUUAUAAUUUGCUUGAAUUCCCAGGGCAUCUUUUAUGUGACUUGAUAACAAUGUAGUUCAUUAGCAGCCUUUUUUAACUGAUAACCUAAAGCAGUAAUGUGAUACUCAUAAGCAAUUUUCUGUGUAAGAUAGAAUAAACCAUCU